UAAGGGCCUCACUAUCUUGGGUGAGGCCAGGGUGCACCUAAUCGGCUCCCAUUACAAACCGCUUUGACUAUUCAAUAUAGCUACAUGUCAAGGGCGAACAGCUCAGAUCCAUCCCAUGCAUGCCCUUUGUGCAGCAUUAGUACCAUGUUAGAUGUGUGGGUAAUUUUGCACUGACAAAUAUUCUAAUACUCUGGCAUAGUGUGAUCGAUGAUAUGCAGGCAGAUUACUUGGAAAUUGCAUACACGCAAACGCAAUACAAGUUAUUCAAAGUAGCCCAUCCAUAACUAUGGGCAGUAGUUUAGAUCUAUCAUCAACCAAAUAUUACUCUGAUUUCAAUAUCCGAGCACUAGAUUGAUGGCCAUUUAUUGGAUGGCUAAAAGUGAAAAUAAUCUUUGGUCGAUGGGAAUUCAAUGUGGUCUGUCAUCAACAAAGAUGGGAAUGGCAAGUGCAUUGGAAACUCUAUGCGGGCAAGCGUACGGAGCCCAGCAAUAUCAAAAGCUUGGAAUUCACACUCAAAGAGCUGUAUUCGCCCUCCUCUUGGUCGCUCUACCGCUCUCUCUCUUAUGGGUUUUCAUGGGAAAGAUCCUAAUUUUCAUUGGCCAAGAUCCUCUAAUCUCAUACGAAGCAGGGAAGUAUGCAAUGUGGAUGAUCCCCGCGCUAUACGCUUACGCAGUUCUUCAUUCGCUAAUAAGAUUCCUUCAAUCUCAGAGCUUGAUUCUUCCAAUGCUCCUAACCACUUUGGCAAUUCUGUGUUUUCAUAUUCCUCUAUCCUGGGUCUUAGUAUUUAAAUCUGGGUUGGGAAGUGUCGGGGCUGCAUUGGCGAUCAGUAUAUCGUAUUGGUUGAAUGUGAUCAUCCUCGGAUUGUAUGUGAAGUACUCUCCGUCUUGUAAGAAGACCCGCGCCCCACUCUCGAAGGAAUUGUUUCGAGGGCUUGAUGAGUUCUUCCGACUCGCGAUUCCGUCCGCAGUGAUGAUAUGUCUUGAAUGGUGGUCAUUUGAACUGCUUAUCUUGUUGUCUGGGCUUCUACCCAAUCCAGAGCUAGAAACUUCAGUUCUUUCAAUAUGCCUCACCACCAUCUCAUUGCUCUACACGAUACCAUACGGGUUCGGUGCUGCUGCCAGCACACGAGUUUCUAAUGAAUUAGGAGCUGGAAAACCGGAGGCAGCCCGCUUAGCCGUGUGUGUUGUGAUGUGUGUGGCAGUCCUGGAGACAGCGAUAGUCAGCACAACCCUUUUCUCCAUCCGCUUCAUUCUGGGUUAUGCUUACAGCAACGAGAAGGAAGUCAUAGAUUAUGUUAGGAGAAUGGUGCCUCUGAUCUGCCUGUCGGUCAUCACUGAUAGCCUACAAGGGGUCCUCUCAGGUGUUGCUAGAGGGUGCGGAUGGCAGCAUAUAGGUGCCUACGUAAACCUCGGAGCAUUCUAUCUUGUUGGAAUUCCAGUUGCUAGCAUCUUGGGCUUUCUCUUUAAUUUGAAAGGAAGGGGCCUUUGGAUGGGGAUAGUGGGCGGAUCAGCUGUACAGUCGGUGCUUCUCUCUUUCAUUACAGGCUUUACAAAUUGGCAACAACAGGCGGACAAGGCAAGGGCACGAGUAUUUGUGCAGAGAUUGCAGAUAGACAAUGGAAUACUAAAGUGAGCUUUCUCGGCUCCGAAUCUUCGUAAGGAAUUCGGUGUAAUGGGAGUAGCUUAUUUGUUUCAGCUAAUAUCUUGACACCAAUUUUGAGUUUGCGGGUUGGCAAUGCAGAAAUAUAUAAUGAUGUUGUGUAUCCGUCCCUGUGGCCGUGUAUUCAUGACAAUGCAAGCCUAUGUGCAUGUGAUAUGAAGGGCCCGUUUGGAUACCACCGAAUAAGUUACUUUUUCUACUUACAGCAAUACAUAAGCAACUUAAUUGAGAUAA